AUGGAUGUGGAUUAUAAUCGAUCAGAGGAUUUUCAGCGUAAUGAAAGAGUUCACUCGCCUUUGUCAACUGAAUGUCUCAAUGUCAAUGAAAGUGACAACUCUACACGAGACUGUCGGAUCUGCCAGACAUCUGGAAACUCUGAGGCAGAAAAAGGAGAGCUCAUUGUUAGUCCUUGUGAUUGCAGAGGUAGCCUCGGUUUCGUGCACAAGCUGUGCAUGGAGAAAUGGCUGGGCCUGCGCAACCAAGACACUUGUGAACUGUGUCAUUUUAAGUUCGAGACCAAGAGAAGAUUUAAACCUCUACACGAGUGGCAUCUUGGUCAAGUCGCGGAAAUGCUAAGCAGCGACGAGAAAGGAAUCCUUGUUCUUGGAUUUGUAAACUUCAUACUUCUGAUUCUCGAGAUCCCCUUUGUCUACUACGUCAUCAAAGUCAACGCAAGAUAUUUCUUGGAUCAAAUAAAUGACGCGGAUCCAACUCACGAAAAAUCUUCGGAGAUUUAUACUCUCCUUUUGGUAUUACUUCUGAUCUUUACAAUUUUGUUGUUUCUGUCAUCCAUCACUUUCACUGUGCUUGGCUUUAAGGUGUUCCGCAAAAUUUUGAGGUUUAGUAGAGAGGUUGCUCUGAUCAUUCCCAUAAAGCAUCUGGAAGAGCCAUUGGAAGACGAACAUGUCGUGUGA